UAUCCCUAGAAUCCGAGAUGCUCGACAUCAAUCUUGUGCGGCAGGAGAAGGGCGGCGAUCCGGAGCGCGUCCGCGAGUCUCAGCGCCGCCGCUACGCAUCCGUGGAGCUGGUCGAUGAGGUGAUCCAGAUCGACAAGGAAUGGCGCAAGCUCCAACACGAGGUGGAGGGCCUGCGAAGGGAGGGAAAUCGUCUCAGCAAAGAGAUUGGGCUCAAGUUUCGGAACAAAGAAGAUCCUUCGGAGCUCAAGCAGAAGAAGCUCGACCUGGACAACAGCCUCGUGUCGAAGGAGAAAGAGGUCGAGUCUGUCAAGUCUACUCUGGACGGGAAGCUCAAGCUCAUUGGAAAUCUCGUGCAUGACUCCGUCCCCGUGGACAAUGACGAGGAAAAAAAUGCGGUCAUUCGUACCUGGGGAGAAUUGCGACAGGAGAAAAAUCUGAAGAACCAUGUUGACUUGGUGGAAUGCCUGGGUUUCGCUGACAUUAAAAAAGGAACGGAUGUUGCUGGUGGAAGGGGCUACUAUCUGAAAGGGCAUGGUGUCUUGCUAAACCAGGCUUUGAUCAACUUUGGCCUCGCGUUUCUUACCAAGCGUGGAUAUAGCCCUCUUCAACCUCCGUAUUUCAUGAAGAAGGAUGUCAUGAAGGAGUGUGCACAACUUGCACAGUUUGAUGAGGAGCUUUACAAGGUUGGAGAAGGGGAAGGAGAUGACAAGCUCGCGGAAAAGGACGAGAAGUACUUGAUCGCUACUUCGGAGCAGCCUCUUUGUUCGUACCAUCGUGGAGACUGGAUGGAUCCGAAAUCCUUGCCUAUCAGGUACGCUGGGCUGUCUACUUGCUUCCGCAAAGAAGCUGGCUCGCACGGGAGAGACACCCUUGGAAUUUUCCGGGUGCAUCAGUUCGAUAAGAUUGAGCAGUUUUGCAUCACAAGCCCUCUCGGUGACGAGUCCUGGAAGAUGCACGAGGAGAUGCUAAAGAACUCGGAAGAUUUCUAUCAGGAGCUCGGCAUUCCAUACCAAGUAGUUGUCAUCGUGUCUGGAGCGCUGAAUGAUGCCGCUGCCAAGAAGUACGACCUCGAAGCGUGGUUUCCAGCAUCGAAGGCCUAUCGAGAGCUCGUCUCUUGCUCAAACUGCACUGACUAUCAAGCGAGAAAUCUUGACAUAAGAUAUGGCCAGACAACGGCCAACGAGCAACCAAAGCAUUUUGUGCACCUGCUGAACUCCACACUGACCGCAACGCAGCGAACCUUGUGCUGCAUUCUGGAGAACUACCAGACCGAGGAUGGGCUCCGAGUUCCCAAAGCCUUGCAGCCAUACAUGGCUGGGUUGGAGUUCAUCCCUUUCUCAGUCAAGGCUCCAGCUCCGGCUCCGGUCCCAAAGAAGAAGGCUGUGGGAGCGGCUACCGCUUGCAAGAGCCGUGGGUUUUUUCAUGAAGUGGAUACCGAGGUGAAGCUAGUCAAGCGGCAGAUUGAUCCUCGUAUCAGCUUCACGACCCCAAAGAAGAUGAGCUACUGGAGCUCCAAAACCAUACCGAGAAUUCCUAGUGCCAAUUGCUUGGCAGUAUUUUGAGUUGCCGAGAUAGCAAAAUUGUUUUUGUUAUUCAUGAAUCACAGAUACUACUAUUCUAGGAUCA